AAGUAAGUAUAUAUAAUUAAUCAGUCAUUAUUUUUCAGCUAAUCCAUUUUCUUUUGAAAACUAAUGAAAACUCAUAUGCAGAACCUAUUGACCAACCUGGACUAUCAGCAUCUAAGGAAACAGCUCAAUGAAGACAUAAAUAGUGACAAAAAUAUCCCACUCUCAAUCCAUAUUGAAGAAUAAAUCAACUUUGUGCAACAUAUACAGAUAGAAUUGCCCAGUCAUUGUCCAUCAUAUGUGCUAAGGAAUGUUCAAGUGAAGAAUGAAGAAGUGAAGAUAAUGAACAAUCCUGUAUAAAGAAUACAAAAUUAAAAGUUUAAGAAUUAAGAGUGUCGUUUUCAUCAAUUUAUCCCAAUGCACUAGUGUUUUCAUUUGAAGCUGCUAAUAAUUCCUCUUCAUUAUAAUUAGGCUCAUAUUGAUAUCCUUUGCAGUCAGACAUGAUCAGAGGCUAUUGCCCGGUAUACGUCAUAAACAGAUGGGAUUGUGGGAAAUAUCUUAAAGAGCGAUAACUUUAUCUUGCAAAAUGGUAGCCUCCAGCAGAUGAUGUGUAGCUAUAUUUAAUAGCCGAUUUCUACACAACAGAUUAAAAUCGAAUGGAAAUAACCAGUGGACUUAAUUACUAAAUAUUUAGUAUUUGAAAUGUGAAAAUAUUUUUUUAUACCCUACGUUCCCUUUAAACAAAAACUGUCUUUUCAAAAGAUGAUGUUCUUCAAAAUCAAGCUUCAAUUCUACACACAUUUAUUAUCCCAGUUUAUGGGAUGAGCGAAUAUGAAAUACCGUAUCUAUACUGGAUUCCUAAACAUCACAAAAACCCUUACACAAAAAGAUAUAUUGCUGGAUCGAGUAAAUGUUUUACAAAGCUUCUUUCUUUGUUCAUCGCGAAAAUAUUAAGGAUUGUGAAGAAAUAAACUUCAAAGGCACUGUAUCAUAACAUAUACCAGAUGUGGUUUAAAUGAAAUGUAAAUUCUAAAAUAUUCUAAAGAACUUAAAUUUGAAAACUCAAAACCUUUCUCAAAUCAACGACAUUAAACGUUUACCUUUUAACACCGUACACCAACGUACCUUACGAUAAAUUAAAGACUAGACUUUUUACAUUAUAAAGAGGAAAUAUUCGUAUCUAGUAAUCAGUCAUUCAAAAAGUAGUUUGUUAAACACCACCCUGAUUCCACGCACAAAUACUCUGAAGUUGAGAAAAAUUGCUGGAGUUGACAAUGUCUUCGCAAUCUUUGGUGAUCAGGUCUUCCAACAGUUUGUCGCAUGCUUAUGGAUUGUGCUCCUCUGUUAGCUGGUCUGUUUUUAUAUUCUUAUGAAGCAGAGUUCAUUCAAAAACUUAGACAAAAGAAGAAAAAAAUCUUGCAAUGGGUUUUAAGUCGACGUUGAGAUACAUCGACGGCGUUUAAUUUAUGAACAACAAUCAUAUUUCAUUCAUGUGUAUAUUCGAUAGAUCCCUAUACUUAGAUAAUUUAUUGAAAAUGAUAUUAACGACAAAUUAGCAACUCAACUUUAUGAAAAACGGAAUGCCUUCGGCUUCCCCAUCGUCAACUUCCAAUUUUUAUGCAGCAGUAUUUCAUUAUCCCCUGCUUAUGGUGUUUAAAUUUUUCAACUGAUUCAAUUUGCAAGAGUUUGUUUUGCGUAUGGUCAGUGUUUAAGCGAAUCAGUGAAAUUCAACAGCAUUAAAAGUUUGAAAUGUGGUAUUGUGAAACUCAAAAUUAAAUUGAUGUAAUGUCCACAAACGUUUGUCGAUUAGGUGUAUCUGUAUAAAAUUGUUUUUUUCUUUUUAUAGCCCAUCAGAAGAGAUGGGUAUACCCUCCUCGGACUCUAGAAGAUCUGAAGAAUAUAAAGUGACCCGUGCACAAGUGGCAAAAUUAAUUGAGUCUACUUUACAACAGCAGACGUCAGUACAACCCAAUACCAUCAAUGAAAUAAAAACGAAGCUUCCUCUUCCUCCACCGAAACCACCGAAACCACUAAUUGAAUCAAAACUCUUGGGAAAAUCCAACAAAGACGAAUGCUCAUCAUCAUUGGACAGGAAAAGCAAUGACUUCCCAAAACAUGACAACAUAGAGGAGGAAUCAAUAUUUUGCUCUGAAGAAACUAAUGAAGAGAUACCCAUUGCUCCAUCAAUUCAAAAGAAACCAAUCAUCGAAAACAUAUGGGAACCAAGUGAAAUUAGUGUAUCGCAUAGAAAAUCCAUUGAAAGAAAAUUAGUUGCCAUGUUCGACGACCUUAUGCUGAUUCUUGAAAGUGAAGAUUUCGACAAAAGCCUGAGAGAUUGCCUUGAAAAAGCCGCUCCGAAGUAUAUGACAUUUAUAUCAAAACGGAAAAAAGAUAUUCUUAAAUCGGAUCAUGGAAUUGUAAUUGCAGGAGAAACAAGUGCCGGCAAGUCCACUUUAAUUAACAAAAUACUAGGGAUGAGGAUUUUCAAAGGUAGAAACAGGGAAUCUACAUCAACAGUUUGCAAAAUACGGAACUCUGAAAACGUAAUGAUUAAAACAGAGGUGGAAAUGGGCUCGGUGAAUGAGACGGAUCUUAGUGAGAUAGAUAUAACCACAGACAAAGGCGAAAAACGUCUUCGAGAUGCUUUGAAGAAAUUAACUGAUAUGACUGUUGGCAAAGACAGUAAACGAUUUAAAAGUGUGGAUAUUAGCAUGCCUGUUCCCUUUCUAAAGGGCAACACGAUAAUGGUGGACACACCUGGCAUUGGGGGAUCAGGGAAAGUAGGUGAAAAACUAAUGGAAUACUUGCCAAAUGCUGUUUCAUUCAUCUUCGUUAUAAACGUAGCAAGUGCAGGCGGCAUGCAACGGGAUAGGCUUCCGGAAAUUCUUAGAUCAAUUAGCAAUCUGAUAAUGGAAGAUGAAAUGCCUUGUUUUGAUCCUCGUGGAGUAAUAUUCAUAACUAACAAAUGGGACUCGAUCUCAAAAGAUCCAGAUGACAGCAGCGAAGAGGAUGAGGUGGAAAAAACAUGGCAGGGCUUAGAAAGCAGCAUUCACAGACUUUGGCCGUCUGUGAAAAAAGAGAACAUCUUCAGAAUGAAUUUACAAGAAGUACCUUACGGAUACAGAUUUCGAGAAGAAACAGAUUCAAGUAGAGAGUUUCAGAAAUUUCGACAUGCUUUAGAAAACGUUAUAAACCAAAAUGAAAAUAUUAGAAUGAAACAGCAUUUCAGGUACCUCAAAAUACUACUACAGGACAUGUACACAGGAGUACUUUCACGACAAGAAUUGACAAAGAAAAGCAGGAGUGAACAAGAGAGGAAAAGAAAAGAUCAUGAAAUGAAAAUUGAUCAGUUGAAGAAGAAGUGCAGAGAAAAUGGAGCAAAAUGGCGCAAUCGCAUCAAAACUUUUAUAGAGAAACAGGCAACGGAAAGUUUGAAAUAUAUGUCCUCGGAUCUUGGAAAGGAAAGAAUAUUAAAUCCGAAGAACUUGCAUCCAAUCAUGGAAGAGCAAUAUAUACUAUUGGGAGAUGAAGUGAUUUCAAGAGUAGAGCAAUAUGUCUCGAAUACUGUACAAUGCCCUGAUGUUGUUGAAGAGUUCAAUGACAUCAAAGAUGAAAUAUUGAUGUUUUAUACAGAGCUAUCAUCCGAAAUAGAAAAGAUGGAGAAUGAAUGGAAAGGGUAUAGCGAUCAAAAUGAAAAGGGAGGUGUGUCUUACCAAGAGGAGUCGGUUGCACCUUAUGUUGCUGGUGUUAUUGCUACGUCCCCAAUAUGGUUUCCAUUGUUGACGGCUGCUGUUGCCAUUGGAAUCGCUACAUUACCUUUCAUAGCGCCAGUCUUUGCCUUUUUGACAACUGAUUCCAGAAAAAGGAAAAAAAAUAGACGAGGAGUAUGAAAAAUGCAAAUCAACCAUUCAAAGUAAAGUAUGCAAUGCAUUAGAAAGCAAUCAUGGGGACGUAAUGCAUAAACUCAUAGCAAAGGUAACAAACGAUAUGUUAGACAGAAGAAUUAAGUUCAUAGAAGAUACAAUCAAAGAGCUCUCUGAAAAUCGUGAAAAAAUUAUUGCAAACCAGGAAAGUCUAAGUAGACUUGCAGAGAAGUUACAAUCCGUUAAGAGGAUGUCAGAGGAAAUUACACGUGAUUAAUAUUCCUGUAAUAUUCCUGUAGACAUAGCUGAUAGAUAUAAAAACUUAUUGCAUCAACAUAUAUAGAAGAGAUGCAAAUAUGCAGUUGUACUAAUGAGGAAUACAGUCGUUACUUAUCUGAUCAUUGUAUGAUUCGAUGGACGUGUAGGAAAACGAUGUGUCUAUAUAUACAUAUACAUAUUAUGUAGAGUUAGUUAUAGUGUACUUUGUUUAAAUGCUUGUAAACUGUAAUAACUAAGCAACACUGUUCAUCUGCAUCACCGUUGUCAAUUUUUGCCUGGGGGCAGAUAAAUAAUGUUUCCUUAUAUGCCCAAGCAAGCAAACGUAUAUACUGUAAAUGUAUGGUUUGUGUUUGAAAAUAUCAAACUACAGAGUUCAUGAUUGGAAACACCAACCAGUAUCCAGAUGAGAAAACCCAUAACACUCAUUAUGUUCAACUGAUUAGGUAUGGAGUUUGAUAUUUAUUCCAGGAAUGCAAUAAAAUUAUGCAGUUUUUGUAGAUAGUUAAAUUGGUAUAGGGUUUAUUUAAUUGUUUAGUUUCUUUUCUACGAGUAAUUAACUUCUUUUUCCUUAGAAAGAGACAUUGUAUUGUUUAUAUAGUUGGGUUAUUUUAUUGGUCUAUGGAAUCCCUAUCUUGCCAUUGAAUUUAUUUGUAAGUCUGAAAUAUGUAACAACAUAAUUGGAUUAUAAUAAAACUAAAACAUGA